CUUUUGUAAGCGACAAUCGUAACGUUCUGAAGAAUACAACAUGGAUACAGACCUUGCGGCUCGUGUACAGGAGAGUGACGUUGUACUGUUGGACGGAGGGGAGGGGACGUCGGUGGUCGUUCACUUGCACGGUGCCACGGCGUUGUCAUGGAAAUGCGGUGGAAGAGAAAUAUUAUUCCUUAGUAAACAAGCCGUACUAGAUAGCUCGAAAGCGAUACGUGGAGGGAUACCAUUAGUAUUCCCCCAGUUCGGACCCUGGACAUGCGGUCCACAACACGGAUUCGCCAGGAACAAACGAUGGAGUGUAGACUCUCAGCCACAAAUGGAGAACGGAACAGUGAAGUGUUCACUAGCUCUGACGGACGACGAGGAUACUAGGAAGGUCUGGAAUUAUCAGUUUAAGCUGGUUUACACAUUGGAAUUGACCACAUCAUCACUAUCAACAAGGCUUACCGUACACAAUACAGGAGGUGAGAGCUUUACGUUUACCACAUUAAUGCAUUCCUACUUCCUCACACCGGACAUUAGUACGACCUCUGUCCGUGGACUGAAGGGUCUGACAUACACAGACAAGGUGCAGGAUGGUAAGGACUUCCAGGAAGACCGAGACGACGUCACGAUUCCCGAGAAUUAUGACAGGGUUUACCAAAAGUGUCCUAGCACAGUAACCAUGGACUGUAGCUCCCACACAGUGUCGGUGAAUCUCUCCAACUUCACAGAUGUUGUUGUGUGGAAUCCGUGGAGCGAGAAGGCCAAGACCAUGUCCGACUUCGGGAACGAGGAGUAUAAGACCAUGGUGUGUGUGGAGGCGGGCAGUGUGAGCUCUCCGGUAGAGAUAGCCGCUGGUCAGCAACUAUCCUUCCAACAGACACUUAAAGUCCACGCCAAACUCUAGAGUAAACCAUGUUGAUAUAAGAAUGUUUACAGACAAUGAUUGAAAUAUCUUCUGUCUAGGAGAUAUACCAUUUAUCACGGAAUUCCAAUAGUUACACACUAAUGUAUUAAUCAUAACACUGUUUAAAAUUGUCAUUAAUUGUUGGUACUUGGGACAUAAACUUGUUAACUGAGGACGUUUAAGGUAACAUUAUAUAUUACUAUAGUCAUUCACUGGAUGCUACAGCUUCAACAUUGUUGUACAAUAAUUAGCGGUUAUCAGUGCAAUCACUCUGAAAUUUCAUAUUAUGUGCAUGGAAAUUAAUUAAAUUGGCAUAUUCCAAUAGUUAAAUUAAACUACAAACACUGGGUAAACAUUCCACUUAUAUAAGUUUAUGUUCUCCUUUGUCAGAUAUAAGACUUCUGCAUUAUUUCGUGAGCUUUGACCAUUAUACAUUUAACAUAGGUUAACAAUGUAAUUAGUAAUUUAGUCUGCUUGUCGUGGAAUUCUCUACACACCAGCAUGGUGACCUAUAUACAAUACCAUUGUAAACUUAGUCUAUAUUGUAAAAUCUAUAUUUACGCGGGAUUUUUAUUUUUUUCUGUGGUAACCUUUUGUACCACAUUUUAUUUUGUAGAAUGUAUUUUUUUCUAAUAAAAUUAGAACUUCU